AUGCGCGUUCCGCCGUUCGGGCCUGGUGUGGACCGAGGGCGAGCGGGCCGCGGUCACCUGGCGGCCGCUGUCCCCGACGGCGGGCCGGGCGGCCGUGGUCACUCGCGGUCCCUCCUCAGUGCCGACGGCCGGCAUGAGAGGGCGGGCGGCCCGAGGUCACUCUGGGUCCCCCCCCUCGCAGUCCGGACGGCCGGAGUGGGGCGGGCGGGCAGUGGUCACCCCUUAGUCCCGACGGACAGCACGAGUGGGGAGCGGGAGUGCUGUGGUCCCCCUCGGCCCUGGGCUGAGCCGGGCAGCCGUCCCAGCGUGUGUCCAGCCGACGUCACCCGCUGGGACAGCCGUCAGGAAAGCAAGAAAGGUGCCGUUCGACCCGGCCCAGGUGAUGGCGAGAAACACAGAGCAGCCAAGCACGGUCCCUGCGAUCUGCGCCACCGCAGCCCCGUCCCUGUGGCCCUCGGCACCUUACGUCAUCGUCUGUCCUUCACUCACCUGUGUCGCACAAGUGACCGCCGGCCUGCGGAUCCCCGGAGGAAGGUGGUCCCGCAGCGGGCGCUCGGGGUCUCGAACCUUCCUCCCAGCCAACGACCCUCACACAAGCCCGGCCUCACCUGCCCGGCAGGUGGAGCAGAUACGUGUGAUCUCCGGCUCUUCGCACACACUCAGCUCGCGGCAGCGGCCUACGGUCCACGCAGUGUGGCGGGCGCUCUGCGAAGCCUCUGCACGUCUGGCACGUCGUCUCCCGCAGAACCCUCGCAGAGGCCGACAGUAAGCUUUUCACUCCAGAUGCCAGGCUGUGCCACCCCAGGAGACCACGUCACCCUUCUAGGUCUCGAGUGGCAAAGGCUGAGCCCGCAGCUCUCGUGGUUUUAAUGCCCCGUCAUGCUCUGCGCUUCAACCUGAACACUUCAGACACUAUUUCUUUGUAGGAAGAGCCUGCUGGGACAGUGACGGUCCUGAACUUAUACAUCACCAGGGCUCCCCGCCUGCCUGUGGGUCACAGGGGUGAGUCACGCUUGCUGUAAUAAAAACAGACAUGGGCCAACAAGUCACCGGCAGCCCCGGCUCCAUUUCCGCAGCUCGGUGAGGCCUGCACCCCUCUCUGGGGAGGUCAAGUGCACAGAGGCAGCCAUGCUGAAAGAGGGGACCACACCCCACCCCAUUCCUGUAGAAUCCUAAACACAGCCAGCCCCCUGCCCAGGAAGGUGACCCCAGGGCCGAGUGAUAGAGGAAAGGGGCACGUUCCAAAGCCUCGCCACUGCUGACCCUUCCUGUCCCUCUCCCGCUCUCCACGAGGACCUCUGCGCCCACCCACCGCUCGCACUUGCGGAGCGCGGCUCCCCGUUACUGCUCCCUUCCCUGCAGAACUUGCGAGGGGCCUUCUCAAACCACUUUCAGCUGGUCUUCCCUUCAGUCCUCCAGAACUCCUUAGGGCACCCAGGUCAGACCGCCACGACUCUGCUCUCUCCAUCCGCUGCCCUGCUCUCCCUGACUUCUGGUGGCUGGGCGGCCGGUGACCCGCUCAGCUCGCCCCCACCUCCCGCAACUGCACUUGGCCCUGGGCUGCUCCCCACGGUCCGGCUGGUGUCUCAGCUGGCACCCAUCUGCAACACACUCUCUGCUUCUUGAGCUGCUCGGGCUGUGCCUCCAGCCCCUCCCUGUGAGUGGGGCCCCUCCAGCACCAGCCUGGUCUUCCCAUAGCCACGUGCCAGCAUCUCUUCAAUGGCUUCGAAGCCAUCUCACCCACCGGAACGGCCUUCCUCCCGCCAAGCUCGCGUGUCGGUUGAGGAUCUGGGCGCCCGGGACGUGGCUUGCGGGCUUUCCCGUGCUGGUCCCUGCUGUCUCAGCAGUGGUGUCUGGGGCAUGCUUUGUAGCUCCGCACCACGUUUCGCUAACCUCAGCCCCAUCUCCUUCCCCAGCCCGGCUGCCAGAACUUCCCCUGCGUCAUCUUUCCCUGCUUCGUCCCAAGCUCAGGCUAGGCUCCCAGUUGGCCUGCGUUCCAAACCCGCCUCUCCGUUUCACCCGCCAGCCUGCCUGCCGGGUGAGCAUUCCGAAAUCCAAACCUGGCCUUUUCACUCCUAAGCUAACCUGUUCUGAGGUGCUGUCAAUCCCUGCACUCUGGAUUUUCGAAUAUACUAUGCCAUGCUAAACCGCACAGAAGUGUGUAAAUACUGCUCCCGACACUGCACACUCAGCACCGCACCUGCCCAGGCAUCCCAGGCGGGAGACCCCUGUCCUCAGGGCCUCUGUGUGGCCCAACGGCAGGGGACACGCCCAGGGGUGGAGCCAUGCGCCCUCCCAGCUGCAUGAGCAGCCCUGCACAGGCUCCCUGUGCCCCAGGCUCCCCCUCCGGGCAGUCGCCCCCAGCCACGGAGCUCACCUUCAGGUGCUUGCUCUCUCCGUGUCUCAAAGCUGUGAGCAGGACUGCUCCGCCCACUUCGUGUAAGUGCUGGCGACCCCCAUAUGCUUGGGCAUCUGCGUCCCUGUCCGUAGGAUGACUGUGCGCGCUGUCUUCACCUUCACGGCUGCAACCGUUGCACUGUGUGACCAUACUGCGAUUUUCUUAAUCUCUUAUGCUGAUGAAGAUUAGGCUACCUUCAAUUUUUUCUUUGCUACUACAAGUAUUAUUGCUCCAAACGUCCCUCUACAUGUCUCCCUGGGCUGUAGGAGUGGAGUUGCUGCGGUUUAACGUGAUUUUCUAACAUGAGCACAAGCAUUUACAUUCUCACCAGCCAUUUUCACUGUCUGAAAAUCCCUAGUGCUCUGUCCCCAUCCCUUGGAGUACUACCAGGCUUCUCAAUUUUUGCUGACCUGUGAGGUUUUAUGUUUUCUUCGUUUUUCUAGUGAGGCUGAACCUCUCAUUUGCUUCUCCUCUUCAGUGAUUUGCCUGUUUUU